CUCUCAGGCUAAACCCAACUACUAUUUCAGUAUCAAGUUAACAUAUAGCAGUAAACAAAUAUACAAAAAUAACGGUAAAUAAAAAACUCCAGUCCCCAUUCUGUAUCAGCAGCUUUAAACUACAUUCAAUUAAUUUAAUGUUGUGAAUCAACCGUUAAAGUUGUUAAAAUUGCUCCCGUUAAUACAUAAUUUCCCUUUUGUCAACUUUCGACAUGUGAAAGUUUUAAAACUAUUUUAAAGAUAGAUUCAAGUCAAUAUUUUACCGAUUUAGGAGUAUUUUAGGUAAAAAGUUAAUUAGGUUUGCUUGGAAGGUUCGCUACAACAGCUCUAGCUUUUUGUAGAUGUGCUGCAAACGCUACCGCUACCGUAGUGCAUCUAGUCUUAUAUAAAUGAUAUCUACCGUAACAUUAUGUGGAUGACGUACUUUUGUAGCAGCUUCAGGUAUGUUGUUGUGUUUUUUUAUCUCGUGGCAUGAGUUGAGCUAGAGCCGUGAGUUGAGCAUUGGCAUUACCCGAGGGGCCGGGUAAUGAGAAGCAUGAUGUUUAGCUACUCUCGCUCCGUUGCUCAUUGACCGCGCGGCGCGCUGAGUGUGUUGUACUUCCGCUUUACUUGGCAUAUUUCAAUAAUCGGAAUUUGGAUGUUUGUGAAUCGUUCUCGAACCUUCCACGGCCGAAUGGCGAAUAAUCUAAGAAUCGGAAAUUUUGCACACCUCUACUCCAUAUAGUUGGGUUCAUUCAAAUUUACCUGCAUGCACGCUAUGUCUGUUAACUCAAAAGUCUCCGAAUACCACAGUCCUCUCUGCACCGAAACCCAAGACAACUUCCUGAACCCCCUUGGAAUGUUUUUAAUUGUUGUCAUUUAGUCUGCUGAUAACAUACUAGCACACAAAGGAACUCACUGUUGUGAAACCUCCACCACCUGGGCUUGUCAUUACCCAUAAACUAACUAAUCAAAUUAUCACAUCACAACAAAAACUACAACAAAAACCUAAUUUUGCCUUUUUGAUGCUCAACCUGAUUUCUUCUGUGACAUUUACAUCUUACUAAUUCUAAAGGUACAGUUAAGCAUACCAUCCAUGAAAAUAUUUGCCUGUCACCAUGUUGUUCUCAGCCUGUACACUGUACACCUAAAUACUACAAACUUUUCCUAAUAAUCAAUCCUAACUAUCAAUAUGAACCGAACUUGAUUGUUGGCGCCUAUUCAAGGAAAAAUUGAUCAUUGUUGGAUAGGUUUACGAAGAACUCAAACAACUUAAAAACCUUUUAUCUCAAUUAUCUUUGCUUAAUAAAAUGAAUUGAAAUUCCAUUAAUCCUUUCAAGCCAGUUCUCCCACACACACUGCAAAAAAGCCAAACACUUAAAAAAAAAUCUUUUACAGUUGCCAUUUUGGCAAUAUUUGGAAGAUAAGAAAAAAUGCAACAACCAAAUUCAGUCAUGUUUUCUCUUUCUAGCCACUAGGGGUCAGUGCCCUUGCUCUAACCAAGUAGUAGCCGGAAUGCUGAGUUGCAAAUGUUGACUCUCUGCAAACCCCAAUCUUGCUUGAUUUUCAUAGAGUAAUGCAUUGUGCAUCACAAACUUUGCAGAUCCCCCCCCUAUAUAUUGCUAAAUUGACCAUUUUUUAAUAUGGAAACAAGAAAGCGGUAGUCACAAUUUCCCACAAUUUUCCCACCCCAAAUAGUACCCCUAUGUGGUUUCACAUAUUAAAUGUUUGUCUAUGAAGUUGAAGGCAUUUUUCCGUCACUCAAUUGCAGAAAUGUGAAAGAACUCCAGUAACUACAGAAUAUCCUGUCACCCUUCAUUAAAAAUGCCAAAGUAUCACCCCCCUUCCCAUUUUUCCCCUGCAUUUGGGCAGAACAUGGUGUCCUGGCUGACGCCGAGUGCAGCCUUUGGUAAUUUCAACAUUGUAUGUUAGUGUGUGUGUAAUCAGCUCCCAAUCUCAUGUUUGUCUAUGUCUCCAAGCAAGGAGCAGAAAAGCAGCUCUGAGGAAAGAACCAAGGGGGCUUUUGGGAUCCACUCCUUGUUUUCCAUGUGUUCCCGGAGGUUACAUGGCUCUGCUUGAAAGUUCAGAGACACACACUCCCUCAGCUCAGAGAUUAAAGGGGCUUGUCUGCAGCACUUGCAACAAGAGCUGCUCACAGUUUGCAACUUGCCCGAGAGGAGGGAUGAGUGGUUUUUAGAAACUUUUACAGUCAUGACUUUGACAAACUGUGUGGAAGUUUUUUUUUUUUUUUGUUCAUCGGCUUGUGUUCUCACCGAGUAGAACAAAGUCUGCUUAGAACAUGGCGGCCGUUUAAGUGCUUAUGUGAGGAUGCAGGUGGCAGGGAAGCUCUGUCCCAACUUGUUUGAAGUCUUCUCCCAUGUCAAAGGUGAAGGAUUAUGCGUGGAACUGGAAUUUGGUCUUCAAAAUGAGGCAUGCCAAAAACUACUCGGGCGGCAUUUUUUUCUGUACCCUCUGAAUUAGCAUGGGUACAGUACCAUGCUAUUCCCCAGCAGUGGGACAGCGGAUGCUACAGUUGGCCGUCAGCAGCAGGGGAAAAUCACCUUCCACAUCUCUGUAACCCUGAAGGAAACACAGGAGUAUCAGCCAGCGUCUGAGUUAGGAAUGGGCUGGGUGGCACCUCGCACCCUGGUAGACAAUUGCCGGCCAGGAGGUGAGAUCAUGGAGAACAGUCACAGACACAUCCUUGACAGGUGUCCAUCCCUGAGAACAGGGAGUCUACGUCGAGAGGUGGUGCUGGAGGAAAAUGAGGAGGAGGUGGAGGAAAAAAUGAAGAGUGACAGGUUGAAAAGACAUCCCUCAAAGAGCCUAGGUAACUCUUCAGAUAUCACAGAAGCAGACACCCAGGACUUGCAUAACUACCACGUCAAUGUCCAUGCCCGAGGGCUGGCCUUUGGCGGCCACGGCGCGGUCACAGGACACACGCUGCCUCGGGCUAUGCUACGCAGAACCCAUCAGGAUGAGGCCUCACCCUGCAGGAGGACUAUGAGCAUGUAUGGUGAACCGGCGGAACAGAAAAAUGAGCCUCAGCCCGAACGACUCCGGAGGCCGAGGAGCGUGUGCAUGCUUUUGGGCCCUGGCCCAGUUGUGGAGCAUGGCAAGCAAAACUCCCUGAAAAGGAAUGGUGCGUUGGAGGCCAGCCAGCUGUACAGGAGCAGAAAAGCUGAGCUGAGGGUUGUAGAUGGUCUCAAUCCGGUCGCGGUUCAACGAGUCCCGGUUUCUGCAGAGGUUAUCCCCAGAGUUCGCCACAGAAGCAUGAAGACCCGGCCUCUUAGUAUGACUGUCCUGGAGCUCAGAAAACGAGCUUCUGAAAAUGACAUAAGUAGGCAGCAGAGCAACACUGGCCAUGAUAGUAGUAACUUCCUAAAAGGAGCCUUCCGUUGGAAGCUAUUUUUAAAAAGCUCUCCGGAUAAGAACAAGGAGAGUGAUGUUGUCAAAUGUACUAAAUCUUCCAAGUCAGUGAAAUCAGAUGCCCCAAAAAGUACACUGAGCUCAUUGAGGCGAAGCCUGAGUAUGCGAAUUCGGAGGACUCGGCCCCGGGAGAAAGUGACCCCAGGGUUUGAAGGCCCUACACGGGAACCCUCUAAUGGGAAAACUGUUGAUCUAAUGCCUCCUCCCCCUUUCUCAUACCUCACGGGGAGAACGCUACCGCCAUCCGGUGAGCAGGCCGAGGAUAAGGGUAUGCAGUUCGUCCAGUACCGGAGCAGGGGCAAGGUCAAGGUGAUGGAAGUGCCCCUGUGCUCGACUAAAUUGUCCAGACCAGCUCCAGAGGAGUUGAGCAUUUGGCAGCUCAUAGCCAACCGCUUCAGGAGGAAAGAGCAGCCAGACAAAUUCGAAUCGAAAAACUCAGGGCAGCAUGUGCUGACUCUGAAUAAUAAGUCACUGCCGGUCGCCAUAGAGACACUAGCAGACACGGAGUGUAAUAAAGGUCAAGACUCUUUUGUCAACAGCCAGGAAUGGACGCUGAGCCGGUCGGUACCAGAACUGAAAGUGGGAAUUGUGGGGAAUCUGUCCAGCGGGAAGUCGGCCUUAGUCCACCGCUACUUGACGGGCACGUACGUGCAGGAAGAGUCUCCUGAAGGUGGUCGUUUUAAGAAGGAAAUCGUGGUGGAUGGGCAGAGCUAUCUCCUCCUGAUAAGAGACGAAGGAGGACCUCCUGAGUUACAGUUUGCCGCCUGGGUGGACGCGGUGGUUUUUGUAUUCAGCCUGGAAGACGAGAUAAGCUUCCAGACGGUGUACAACUAUUUUCUGCGUCUGUCCAGCUACAGGAACGCAGCUGAGGUGCCCAUGGUCCUCGUGGGGACACAAGAUGCCAUUAGCGCCGCCAACCCCAGAGUGAUCGAUGAUUCGCGGGCCAGAAAGUUGUCCAAUGACCUGAAGCGCUGCACGUAUUACGAAACAUGCUCCACCUACGGCCUCAAUGUGGAGAGAGUCUUUCAGGAUGUGGCCCAGAAAGUGGUGGCCAUGAGGAAAAAGCAGCAGCUCUCCAUUGGGCCAUGCAAAUCUCUGCCAAACUCGCCCAGCCACUCAUCAGUCCCUGCAGCCUCCAUUCCCGCCGUUCACAUUAAUCAGGCGGCGAACGGCGGCUGCGCCUUCAGCGACUACUCCUCCUCUGUCCCCUCUACCCCCAGCAUAAGCCAGCGAGAGAUGCGCAUCGAGACCAUUGCUGCCUCCAACACCCCCACGCCCAUCCGCAAGCAGUCCAAGCGCCGCUCCAACAUUUUCACAUCGCGGAAAGCCAGCGAGCAGUCAAAGAGCGUUGAGAGUAAGACAGACAGCAUAGGCAGUGGAAGGGCCAUUCCUAUCAAACAGGGAAUCCUCCUGAAGCGAAGUGGCAAAUCCCUCAACAAGGAAUGGAAGAAGAAGUAUGUCACGCUGUGUGAUAACGGCGUCCUCACUUAUCACCCCAGUUUACACGACUACAUGCAAAAUGUUCAUGGGAAGGAGAUCGACUUGCUACGAACAACAGUCAAAGUUCCUGGAAAGCGACCCCCAAGGGCAGUGGCAACGACCGUCCCUCCCACAGCCAGCCCCAAGACCAACGGGAUGACCAAGGACCGUAGUGGCCUGCAACUGGGCAUUGGGAAUACAGGCGCUCCACACUCCAACAGCAGCACUUCCUUGCAGACGGGCACGUCCUUGUUCGGCAGCAAGGACGGAAUGCACCAGCGCUCCUUCUCCGUGUCCAGUGCCGACCAGUGGAAUGAUGCCAUCAACACCAGCACAACCAGCGCUGCCCCUAACGGAAUGAACGAUCCGGCCAGUUCCAGUGCGGGCAGCGCCACGAGUCCAAAGCUGGAUCCGCCUCCCUCGCCUCACGCCAAUCGCAAGAAACACAGACGGAAAAAGAGCACGGGCAUCACUAAGCCUGACGGUCUAUCUGCCGGAAAUGAAGAACAAGAGGAUUCGUUUGAGUUCAUCAUCGUGUCUCUAACCGGUCAAACGUGGAACUUUGAGGCGUCCACGUAUGAGGAGCGCGAGCUCUGGGUGACGGCUAUUGAGAGUCAAAUCUUCGCCAGCCUGCAGUCGUGUGAGAGCAUCAAGAAUAAGUCUCGAUUAGGCAGCCAGAGUGACGCCAUGGCCAUCCAGUCCAUACGCAACGUUAGAGGCAACAGCUUCUGCGUUGACUGUGAUGCAGCAAAUCCUGACUGGGCUAGUCUGAAUCUGGGGGCCCUGAUGUGCAUCGAGUGCUCAGGCAUCCACAGAAACCUGGGCACCCACCUGUCUCGUGUACGCUCCUUGGACCUAGAUGACUGGCCCGUGGAGCUCAGCAUGGUGAUGACGGCCAUCGGUAACUCCAUGGCCAACAGCAUCUGGGAGGGUUCCCUGGAGGGCUACAGCAGGCCGGCCAGCGACAGCAGCAGGGAGGAAAAGGAGCGCUGGAUCCGAGCCAAAUACGAGCAGAAGCUGUUCCUUGUGGGGCCACCCCAGUCGGACGUGCCCCUUGGCCAACAGCUGCUGCGGGCGGUGGUAGAGGACGACCUGAGGCUGACAGUAGUGCUGCUGGCACAUGGCACCAAGGAGGAGGUCAAUGAGACGUACGGUGACGGCGACGGACGUACAGCGCUGCACCUUUCGUGCGCCAUGGCCAACGUGGUCAUAACACAAUUGCUCAUAUGGUACGGCGUGGAUGUGAAGAGUCGCGAUGCUCGUGGCCAGACGCCCCUUUCGUACGCCCGGCGAGCUGGCAGUCAGGAGUGCGCCGACAUCUUGCUCCAGCACGGCUGCCCCAACGAUGCCGCCGCCUUAACAUCGGCGCCGGCCAACAUCAGCAACCGCAACGCCAACCCCAACAUCAACAACAACGCCCAGUGUGAGCUCGACCGCAGCAUCAGCAUCAUGUAGAGCCCCUUUCCCCACGCACCUUGUCUCAAGAAACCCUGCGAUGGAGGCCCGUCACCAUGUGUAAAGUUGUUUUUUGUUUAUUUUUGGGUUGAGAUGAUAAUCAUGAGCUUUAAAUGUCUCUUCUGCCUGUUUUGUUUUUACUGCCAAUGAAUUCUUUUCACCACCAAAAAGUAAAGAAUGAAAGCUUUUUCAUUCAACAAAUGUUUUUAAUAGAUAUUAUGAGCAUGGUCUUCCAAUGAGGUUUUGCUUGUUUUGAGAAUUACAUGUCCGGCCCGUUAAGGUCACCCAAACCCCGAAAAUUGGAGCUAGUACAUUUGAAUGUAAAAAAUGUCACAGUUUUUCAUGUCAUUUCCUUCAGGCGUUUCAUCUCGCCACGUUUGGUUUUUAUAACUAAAUUCAUUCAUUUAUCUUCGGAACCGCUCACGGGAUUGCUAAAGUGUCUAUCCCAGCUAACAACAAGCAGCAAAAUACAGUGGUAUGAAAAAGUAUCUGAACCUUUUGGAAUUUCUCACAUUUCUGCAUGAAAUCACCAUCAAAUGUGAUCUGAUCUUUGUCAAAAUCACACAGAUGAAAAAAACUGUCUGCUUUAAUUAAAACCACCCAAAAAUUUCAUAUUUUUAGGCUAGUAUGCAAACAAUGACAGAAGGGGGGAAAAGUGAACCGUCGCAUGUAAUAUUUUGUGGCCCCCUCUAUGGCAGCAAUAACUUCAACCAGACGCUUCCUGUAGCUCUAGAUCAGUCUGGCACAUUGAUCAGGACUAAUCUUGACCCAUUCUUCUUUACAAAACUGCUGUAGUUCAGUCAGAUUCCUGGGAUGUCUGGCAUGAAUCGCUGUCUUUAGGUCAUGCCACUCCAUCUCAAUGGGUUUAAUGUCUGGACGUAGACUUGGCCACUCCCGAACGUGUAUUUUGUUCUUCUGAAACCAUUCUGAAGUUGAUUUACUUCUGUUUUUUGGAUCAUUGUCUUGUUGCAGCAUACAUCCUCUUUUUAGCUUCAACUGUCGGACAGACGGCCUCAGGUUUCCCUGCAAAACAUUCUGAUAAAAUUUUGAAUUCAUCCUUGCAUUAAUGAUUGGAAGUUGUCCAGGCCCUUAGGUAGCAAAAAGGCCCCAAAUCAUGUUGCUUCCUCUACCAUGCUUCACGGUGAGGAUGAGGUGUUGAUGUUGGUGAGCUGUUCCAUUUUUCCUCCACACAUGACAUUGUGUGUUAAUCCCAAACAAUUCAGCUCUGGUUUCAUUAGUCCAAUAUUUUGCCAAAACUUCCGUGGAGUAUCCAAGUGCCUUUUUGCAAACACUAAAAGAGCAUCAAUGAGUUUUUUUUGACAGCAGUGGCUUCCUUCAUGGAGUCCUCCAGUGAACAGCAUUCUUGGUCAUAGCUUUACAUGUAGUUGAUGUGUGCACAGAUAUAUUGGACGAUGCCAGUGAUUUAUGUAAGUCUUUAGCAGACACUCUAGGGUUCUUUUUUACCUCUCUGAAUAUUCUGCGCUGAACUCCUGGCGUCAUCUUAUGUGGACAGCCACUCCUUGGUAGACAAGCAACAAUGCCAAACUCUCUCCAUUUGUAGACAGAUUCUCUGACUGUCGAUUGAUGAACAUCCAGACUUUUAGAGCGGAAUUGUAUCCUUUCCCAGUUUUAUACAAAUCAACAUUCCUUGAUCGCAAAUCUUCAGACAGCCCUUUUGACUGAGCCAUGAUGCAGAUCAGACAAUGUUUCUCAUCAAGACAUUUCUUACCAGGUGUGUGUUUUAUAGAGGGCAGGGCAGCUUUAAACCACUCAUCAGUGUUUCAAUUGCUCUUUAAGUCUCUUUAGGCAGAGGGUUCACUUACUUAUUUUCCCCACUUUUGUCAUUGUUUGCCUGCUAUCUUCAUUAAAAUAUGAAAGCCUAUAAAUGUUUGGGUGGUUUUAGUUAAAGCAGACACUGUAUUUUAAUCUGUGUGAUUUUGACAAAGAUCAGAUCACAUUUGAUGGUGAUUUUAUGCAGAAAUGUGAGAAAUUCCAAAAGGUUUAGAUACUUUUUCAUACCACUGUAUUUACGUUAUAUAGUCCGCAAAACUCCCGUGCCGCCUAUCACUAAAUUAUAUUAGGAAUUAGGAAUUUCACAUUUAAUUAUUUAGCUCUUAAUGUUUUUUUUUCAGGAUUUAAAUAGAAAUUUCAAGACUAUUUGAAGGACCAACAACGUUUUGAAGAAUAAGGAAACAAUAUUUUGAUGGGAUUGGUUGAAAUAAGAUUUUUUUCCUAACAAAAGUCUCUUAAAAUCUGAGCCUUAGUAUAAGUUUAAUUAUUUUAUUUUUUUUAAUUAAUUAAAUACUAAAAAAGAAUGGGGAAAAAGCCCCCCCAAAAAAGGAAAAAUAAUUUAUGUUAAAAUAAUAAUUGUUAUUAUUUAUAUUAUUAAGAUGAUGUGAUUUAUAUUGUUAUCAGAUAUUUUCUUUCAACCAAUGUCAUUUUACAAAAAAAUUAAAGUUCUCCUAUGAGCCAAACUUAAAUUUCACACAAACAAGAAAAAAAAAACAUUUACAUCAAAUUUUCCAAUUUUCUAUGCUAUUAGUUCCUCUGCAGUUUUGUUUUGAGGAUUUUAUGGCACAAAUGUUCUCUCACCUGUCCAAAAUGCUUGAGCAAUUUUCCUGAUUUUUAUUGAAUAUGCAUGACCAGGCAUCGGAGGACUACAUAUGGUCUCGCAAAUGCAUUCUGAAUGGAAGCUAUUAGUGACAAAUUGGGGUCAAUAGGGGCUAAGGUUUGUCACACGUAUGAGAAAGUUCCACUCAUAGCCAUCUGAAUAACAGAAAAGUAGAACAAAUUGUUCCACGGAAGAGGUUACGUAAAUUGUCUAUUCACAGACACCGACGACGCGAUUUCUAGUCAAAGAAAGCAAAUGAUCGAGAUGAUGAAUGCCUGAUAAAGACGCUGAUUGCAGGUGAUUCUCGCCACGCUGUUGUGCCAUUGUAAAACCUCUUCAAUCACAAUUCAUUUGCGACGAUUCAAACGGACAAUUGCGCUUUGUCGAAAUAUGAUCGGUGGUUAUGUUGACAGGCGAUUCAGAAUAAUCUUUGUCCAUUUUUGUAUUUGAGAUGACAGUAUGUUUGUUUACAAAGUUUUAAUAUUAAAACUUCAGCCUCAUUUUGGGUCUUUUUUUUUAGCUAAUUGCAUGCCAUUGACGACAAUAGACGUCCAAUCCAUUCUGACUGCAAGGCUGGCAGUCAUCAUUGACUCACAGUCAAAAUGAAUUGAAUGUUUUCAAUUUUGGCGAAUUAUUCAGAUGGAGGUACGUGCUUUUCCGUUAAAAGGUGACAAUAUGAUUUUCUUUCAAAAUCAAAAAAGCUCUUGAGGUAGGUGGUCAUAAUUGAUCAACCACAAUGGCAAAAAACUGCUCCGUACAUAUUUUAACAGAAUGUUUCAUGUACAUUGUAUAUAAGACUCAAAGCAGGCGUGACUACUUUAUUUGUGCGCCCUUCUCCAUCCAGCAGCCCUUCUUUCUCCCAGUGUUCGCGUUUCCCAAACGAUUAAGCUGACCAGCCACUGAUUGCAUUGUAGAUGUACUGUAACCAUGUACUGUAAUACCGGCCUUACUGACUUGACGGAGCCGCCUUCACCCGUUCGAAAUAGUGUAGAAGCCAACAUACAGUAAGAGUAUAGAAGACCUUAGCGCAACAUGAAGUGUUGUACAUAUUAGUUGUAAUCUUAGAGAAACAAUGACGGUAACUGCUUUUGGCUCAAAAAGCCUCUUGAACCACAAGCCAUAUUUUUGAUAUGUUGCUUUUUUUGUUGUUGUUUGGCCAUUGUUAUUUUUUAAUGACGGUACUCGUGUUUGGUCACAACAUGACCAUCUUUGGUACUUGUGUAUAAAUGAUGUAUAUUUGACAUAUUUAUAAUGCAGUAUGUAAAUAUUUUUAUUUUGGUUUUAUUUCUCAUGUUCCUUUUUAUGUUCAGCGAAGAAGCUUAAGAGUUAACUUGUUUGUGUGCUUGGCUGACUGUCGACCAUCAAUAAACAUUCAAUAAAACCAUGUAGC